AUGAACGACGCUAUCGGGACACCGUCUCGGGCGGCGACACAAACUGCGGUCGACGCCUCUGUCGCCAAAGGUGCGUCGCUGGCGGAGGGCGGCGUCGGCAGCGCCGUCCUGUCCGAGGGCAUGGGCUGCGGCAACUGGCACUCGGCCUCGCUGGAGGCGGAGACGGUGGAGAGUGCCGGUGCGUGUGUCGAGAAGUGCCGCCAGACUCCAGGCUGUGUCUCCGUGAAUUACCAGGUUAGGCCUGCCAACGGCAUCGACGGCAUUGAUGUGGGGAGCUGCUACCUCUUGAACGAGCCUUGCAUUGAGGGGCCCAACGAGUAUUGGGACGCAUACGCCUUGCCUGAGAACGACCGUAUGGUAUCACGUAUGGGCAGCCACGUCAGUCGGCAAAUUGGAUGCUCGAAUUUGGGAGAGAUCACUCGGGGCGAUGAAACGAUGGAGUGGAGCUCUUACGAAUGCUCUUUGAAAUGCGAGAAGGACGGCGCGUGUGUUGGCAUUGUCACCGGGUCGUCAGUGCCAGAGUGUGGCGAUGGCAAUAGUGAGCGCAGAUGCCAGUUGCUGUACGGCGAGUGCUCGGAGAGUCUGGAUGGUAAUUUCACCUGCGUGGACAUAUUCUACAAGACGCCGUGGACUCUCUCGAUGGAUACAGGAGCCUCGUACUCCACCUCCGCGAGUAUGAGACCGCGGUUUGGCUCGGGAGCGUCCGCCGGGGCUCUCUCAGCAGACUCUGGAGUAUCCUCCUCCACCUCCUCCACGACCACCUCCUCCACGAGUUCGAGACCGCGGUCCGUCUCGGGAGCGCCGGACUUGGCGUAUGACCCAACCAGCGAGCUGCUCGGAGAACUAUUCGCGAUCUCGGCAGACGCCGCCGAGGGCUCGGAGGAGUUCAGCGUGGACAUGCCCGAGUGCUUCCUGGUCAGAGACGUCAUCGAGCUUCUGGGGGCCCACCCGGCGUCCGACCUCGAGCAGCAAUACACGAUCGUGAGCAUCGUUGGCACCACCAUCACCAUCGCCCCGGCGCUCACUCACGACUUCACCGCAGGGACAUCGGUGCUCAGGAUCAAGCACCCUUUCCCUUCGAACACCUGCGGGGAGUGGGCGGUGGGCUGA